AUGGAUGAAUCUCGGUUUAUUUCAUUGAUUGACCGAUGUAAAUCAGAAGAUAAUGAGAUUAGAAGUAAUGCAGAGUCAGAAAGAGAUCAAAUUAUUCAAAAUGACCCAUUAUUGUUUGUCAAUUCUCUUUUACAAAUAAUUGUAUCAAAUAAUUACGAAAAUCUCAAUGACUAUAUGAUUACGUUAAUAUUCUCUGUUAUUAAGCGCGCUCAGAGCUAUUUGGAGCACGAAUCACUCAAAAUUUUCUUUGGAAAUUUGCAUUCAUGCAUUCAAACUCUUCUUAAUCGAAGCCACUCUCUAAAUAUUAUAUGCAGUACAUAUGCAUUAACGCUUUCAAACAUUCAUAAAUUACCUGAAGCAGAUUUUGAUUUUAAUGGAGUUUUAAUUGAACUACAAACAAUAAUACAACAGCAGUUUUCACUUUCUAUCAUAUCUGAGGCGAUUGAAAACUCUCCAGAUCUUUAUAACUUUGAUAUCGAUUUUCUCUAUCAAAUUAUUGAUCAAAACAGAGAAUAUGAUGGUAUUAUUCGAUAUUACUUUUCAAUUAUCGGAAAAUUAGAAGAAAACGAAAAAUUUGUCGAAAUUUUCCCAAAUAUUCUUGAAAAAAUAACAAUUGAUAAUGUAUACACUUCACUUGAUGCUAUGAAUGCUUUUUGUGAACUUGGAUCUCCAUUUAUUGGUUACAUUUAUCUUGAUUUAGCGAGAUAUAUCUGUAAUCUUGCAAUUAACAACAAAAUCGAUCAAAUUCAAGCAAAUUGUGUAUUUAUUAUAUCAGCAAUUACUCUUAAAAACACAAAAUUUGUUGUAAAUUCACCAGAAUUUGUUGAUUUAGUUUUUCAGCUUUUUAUCAGUCUUAUUAGAGAUGUCAGCUACGACAAACUUGAUAAUGAUACAGAUAAUGGUGCUUUCAGUAUCAUUGAAACUGUUGCUUCCGAAAUUUCAGAAAAAUUAGAAGUAAUAAUCAUUGAAAAAAUCCCAGAAUACUUCCAAAGCGCUCAAAACGAUGCAGGAAUAUUAUAUGGACUAUUAAUAUUGAUCUCAUUAUAUCAUCCAUACGUUAAAUGUGAACUAUCUGGACCUAAAGCGAGAUUUAACAUAAAUUCUGACAUUUAUACCAUUCUUACCACUAAUGAAGAUAUAGGACUUAGGUAUGCAUGCAUUAGAUAUAUUAGUCAGUUGAUUUUUUCAGGAAUUUCAGUUGAUGAAAUUGAAAUCUUCAAUUAUUUCCUUAAUCUUGAUUUCCAAGGUGAAGAUGAACAUUGUAUAUAUUGGAUCCUUUCCUUUUUUGAGCAAUUCUCUUUCAAUACACGAAGCAAUGAAAAUUCUUUAGAAUUUAAUACUCUUUGUAAGGAAAAGAUGUUGUCAGUCUCUGAAAAUCUUCCUAAUGAAAAAUGUGUUGCGAAAUUGAUUAAAAUUCUUACAAAAAAUAUAAAAAUAACUCAAGAUCCAAUUGAAGAUGUUUGUGAAAAAUAUGCAGAGCUCUUCAAUGAAUAUAAAGAAAGUGAUUUUAUUAAAGUAACAAUUAUCUCUCAAAUCCAAGAAAUUUUUGGUUCAUACAAAAAUAAAGAAAAUGAACAGUUCAUUAGCGAACAAGCGGUAAUGUAUUAUAAUGAGUGUAACAAUAUGCUUCAGAAGGAUGACCUUCCACCUAAAUAUCUUUCAUAUUGUUUGGCCGCAAUAUUUAAUUUUCUUCAGCUUGCUCAGGAUCAGCUCGGUGACCGUAUAUUUGAUCUUUACAAAGGUUGUUAUUCAAUUCUUUCACAGCCACUACAAUACAAUGAAGAAACACAACUAAAUGUUUUUGAUUUGACAGCUUAUUAUGUGGCAGAUUCGUUCACAAGUAGUAUUAAGUACACAAUUGACAAGACUAUGGUGGAAAUGAUAGAUGAUAAUAUGAGGAUUCUGUUUGAAAUUUCAAAGAAAAAGGUUUUUUAUGAAACUGUGGAAAAUAAUAUAGAAAUGUAUAAUGAGGUAGUCAAUUUAUGCCUUAAUUACCUCAAUUCGGAUAUAAUUAUCAAGUCAAUUCAUUACCAUUGUUUCCAAAUUUUAUUUUUCUUAUUCCAGAACCUCGAAAAUGAGGAGUUACGGCAGCCAAUCGUAAGUAUAUUAAUGGAACAAUACAUUAAGCUCACAAAUAUUAAUCUUUUUGGCGAAAACGUAUAUUUAUCACUAUUUGACUCUUUCUUUGGGGAUUGUUCAAGUUACAUACAAGAAAAUGACCAAGUUAAGCAGUCUUCGAUUAACUUUUUGAUCAAAAUCUUUCUGCAAAUGUAUAAUAAUGCUUCCGAAAUUCAAAAGAGCGAAAAAAGCGUAGAUGAUAAAUUUUCUCAAUGGGAUGCAACUGUAAAUUGUGAGCUGGAGCGUUAUGUCGAUUUUUGUUUAUCUUUAUCAUGGAAAUUACGAAAGAUUUGUCCAGAAUUAAUGAUAGAACCAUUUACCAAUGAAAUUUACCCUUUAAUUAUGCAGAACAUUGAAGUUGACUUUAUAUCUCCGUUGAAUGCUUCGCUUCUUGCCUAUUAUUUAUCAUUUUUCGAAGAUGGAAAUGUUUACGAGGAAAACCGCCAAAUUCUAUUCAAUUAUUUCAAUUAUUUAAUUGAAACAGAAGAAGAACUUAAUAACGUAGAUGACUAUGAUGAUAUAUCAUUAGUUGAUUGGAAAUCCGCACUUAAUGAUUUGUUUUUCAACUCUUUAUGCCGAAUGAUCAAAUUCAUUAAUUUUAAUGAAGAAUUAAUAGAUGAUUUAAUUGAAGAACUUUAUGCUUUACGUGUUAAUGGGUAUUUUGAGGUAGUACAAGGAGAUUUGUGCUCUGCAAUACUGUUAAUUUUUAGGAAAUAUCCACAAAUUGUGAAUCAAGAUUUUGGUCUUCAUUUUGAAUAUACAGAUAGUAACUUAGUAUAUAGAAAUUCAACGAUACAUUAUAAUACUCUAUAUUUCGAUCUUUCUAUUUCUUGGCUUGAAAAUUAUUUUGAAUUGUUUGAGCAAAAUUACAAAAUACCAAAUGGCGAGGAUGAAGAUCGUAUGCUCGAAUCAAUGUUUAAAUCAUGGAUCAUUAGUUUUAGGAAAUUCAAAAAGAAUGAUGGUAAAUUGUCAAAAUUGAAUAAUAUUUUUGGUCGUUUCUUCAAUUUCUGUCGUCAACAUCCAUUCUUCUUUAAUACUUUGAAGUCUUCUUUGGAAAAAUUUAAGAGUGCAGAGGACUUGACUGAGAAAGAAGUUGUAACGUUUUCGAGAUAUCUCGGUUAUUCUUUCAAAAUUUAUAAGUCGAACAUUAGUAGUAAUUGA